AUGGAAACUCCUAAUUCUUGCCUCUGGUCGAAACUCCCUAUUGACAUCGUGACAUAUCUGUUGGAGCGUUUGAGUCUUUUGGAUUUCCACCGCGCUAAGUUGGUGUGUUCGAAUUGGUAUGUGUGCUCGAAACAAACGGCGCGACCAAAAUACGGAUCUCCGCUGCUGAUGCUGUCUCCAGAAGGGGAUGGUUGUUGUAUAUACAGCCCAGACGAAGAUAGGUUUUACGAGACAAAGAUAGACUUUUCAGGGAUUCGAAUCCUUGCAAGCUCAGGUAAGUGGUUCCUGGUGGCAGAUUCUCGAUUAACACUCUUUAUUAUAGAUGUGUUUGGCGCUAAGAGGAUCGAUCUUCCACCUCUAGAGUCAAUCAAGGGUGGCCGUUUUAGACUCGAGCGAGUAGGAGAUAAUAGUUUCAAGGAGAGAUUAGAUAAUAAUAGUGCACCGUUUUUUUUUUUUCAGACAUCCGGAGAUCUGAGAGGUUUUUUAUGGGUAGACGAUAAAAAGGAAUUAGAGUACGUUGUUGUGUGGUAUAUUAGAAACAGUGUUUCUAGUCGUUUAGGCUUUUGCAAGAACGGACAAGAUCAUUACCGAGAGAUUUCAACAAAGGAAUUUGAGAUUUCUGAUAUGGUACUCAAUGGUUACAUGCUUUACGUCCUUACGGACCGUGACUACAUCCGAGUGCUGGAUUUGUCUGGAAAAGAAGUUUUCAAGGAAUUGUCUCCGAGUGAUAAAAUACAAAUGCAUGAGCUAGGUCGAAAGAGCGGUGAAACCACAGAUGAUAUCAAAAUCUCAGCUAGCAAUAAUAUUGUUGUUACAACAUCAGGAGAGGUUUUUUUGGUACGUAGCGUCCGCUACAAGUCAAGUAGGGUUACCUUCCGCCUCUACAAGAGGGAUCUUAAUCCAUACCCGAAUGGUCGUUUUCGUCUCUCCUCCACCAAGCUUGUUGAGGUUGAUUCUCUAGGUAAUGAGGCGCUCUCUAUGGAUUUGGGUAUCACCGUCCCUGCUGAUCAUACUCUUGGUAUCCAGCCAAAUUCUAUCUAUUUCACCCGUCAUGACCGUAUGUGUCGUAAACCUAAAAGUUACCGGGUGAGUCCACCCCCGAAUAUAUGUGUGUUCAAUCUGGAAACAAAGACCCUUAAACACUUCUCUGCUCUCUCCAACUUAAAGCUUAAGGAUGCUCUAUGGUUUUUCCCGUCUUAG